CGCACAUUUUUAAAAAAAUCAAAAAAGAGGUGAAUAAAGGUAAAGGAAUACUGUAGAAAAAGCAAGCAGUGUGACUGACUGACGGACGGACGGGCUCUUUUCCCUUUAUUAUUAAUUUAAUUUAAUUUAAUUUAAUGGUAAAUAACCAGCCAUAAUGAAAUGUCUGUCUGUGUCUUUGGUUGCACACAAACACAUGAGUGAUGGAAUUUCAAUGAAAGAGAGAAAUUGAUCUGCUUGCUUUCAAGUAAAAACAUCCUUCCAUCCAUCCGACCUUGUUUGUCUGUCCGUGUUGUUUAGGGUUUUCCACUUCACUCAUCUUCUUCUUCUUCUGAUCCAGACCUAGAUCACAAUGAACCAUCUUUCUUGCCUUUUUCACUCCAACCCCUGUUCUUGUGUGAAUCAAGAUUGAAUUUUUUCUUUUCUUUUGUUUCUACCCACAAGUAAUCAUGCAUUUCGCAAAGCUCGAUGACUCUCCGAUGUUCCGGAAACAGAUGCAGAGUUUAGAGGAGAGUGCUGAAUUGUUGAGGGAAAGAAGUUUGAAGUUCUACAAAGGAUGUCGAAAAUACACUGAAGGCCUCGGUGAGGGAUAUGAUGGAGACAUUGCUUUUGCCAGUACUCUUGAAACUUUUGGUGGAGGACAUAACGAUCCCAUUAGCGUCGCCUUUGGAGGUCCUGUUAUGACGAAAUUUACAAUUGCACUACGGGAGAUUGGAACAUAUAAGGAAGUUCUUCGAUCUCAGGUGGAGCAUAUACUGAAUGACCGAUUACUACAAUUUGUCAAUAUAGACAUGCUUGACGUCAAGGAGGCACGGAAGCGGUUUGACAAGGCCAGUCUUUUAUAUGACCAGGCUCGGGAGAAAUUUCUGUCCUUGAAAAAAGGCACCAAAAGUGAUAUAGCUAUAGUUUUGGAGGAGGAUCUUCAUAAUGCUAGGGCUUCUUUUGAGCAAGCUCGAUUCAAUCUGGUUACUGCACUUUCCAACGUCGAAGCAAAAAAAAGAUUUGAAUUUCUGGAAGCAGUUAGUGGCACCAUGGACGCUCAUCUUCGCUACUUUAAACAGGGAUAUGAGCUUUUGCAUCAGAUGGAGCCGUAUAUAAAUCAGGUGUUAACAUACGCACAUCAAUCUCGAGAAAGAUCAAACUACGAGCAAGCAGCCUUAAAUGAAAGAAUGCAAGAGUAUAAAAGACAGAUUGAUAGAGAAAGCAGAUGGUCUUCAAACGGGUCAAAUGGAUCUCCAAAUGGAGAUGGGAUUCAAGCGAUUGGUAGAAGCUCCCAUAAAAUGAUAGAGGCUGUCAUGCAAUCUGCUUCCAAAGGAAAGGUUCAAACAAUACGGCAAGGAUAUCUUUCGAAACGCUCCUCUAACUUGAGGGGGGACUGGAAAAGAAGGUUUUUUGUUCUCGAUAGCAGAGGAAUGUUGUACUACUAUCGCAAACAAAGCAGCAAACCCUCUGGUUCUGGCACUCAAAUUUCUGCUCAGAGAAAUAGUUCUGAACUGGGUCACGGGCUGUUGAGCCGUUGGCUUUCUUCUCACCACCAUGGUGGCAGUGGAGUACAUGAUGAGAAAUCCGUUGCUCAUCACACCGUUAACCUCUUAACGUCAACAAUAAAAGUGGAUGCCGACCAAUCUGACCUCAGAUUUUGCUUCCGCAUUAUUUCACCGACAAAAAAUUACACUUUGCAGGCGGAAAGCACCCUGGAUCAAAUGGAUUGGAUAGAGAAGAUAACGGGGGUUAUUGCCUCAUUGUUAAGCUCUCAGGUUACUGAGAGGUGUUUAUCUGGUAGUCCAAUGGGGAGCAGCCAUCACCGAUCCGCGAGUGAUAGCAGUUCAUUUGAAAGUUCUGAUUUUGAUCACAACAACUCAGCUGUUGAGGAAUAUCACAAUCACACAUCCGAGAGACCUGCCUACCCUAAUCCGGGCCGCCUAUCAAGAAUUUCACAUCACCUACAACCCGCUCCGAAACCCAUAGACGUGCUCCGUAGGGUCUGUGGAAACGACAAGUGUGCUGACUGUGGGGCCCCUGACCCAGAUUGGGCUUGUUUAAAUCUAGGAGUUCUUGUCUGUAUUGAAUGUUCUGGGGUGCACCGUAAUCUCGGUGUUCACAUAUCAAAGGUGCGGUCAUUGACGCUUGAUGUUAAAGUAUGGGAACCAUCUGUGAUUACCUUGUUUCAGUCUUUGGGGAAUGCCUUCGCUAAUUCAGUUUGGGAGGAACUGUUGCACUCCAAAAAGACGGAACUUGUUCCCGCAGGGUUGUACAAGUCGGAUAAGCCCCAGCUCCUUUGUUUCUCCAAACCUAGUCAUUCUGACUCAAUAGCUGUCAAGGAGAAGUUCAUUCAUGCAAAGUAUGCUCUAAAAGCAUUUGUUAGAAAGCCAAAGGAUCAUAGCUUAGUGGCACAACAUAUAUGGGAAGCGGUUGGUGCAAAUGACAAGAAAUCUGUAUACCGUCUGAUUGUAAACUUUGAAGCUGACGUGAAUCGUGUAUAUGAACGUGGAUCAUGUAAUUCUUCACUAACCCUAGCCAAAGCAAUGUUGUUGCAAGAGCCCACGGGUGAUCGUUCAAUGGAAGCAGGUACCAGUGAAGCUCAUGGAGAUGCUUUGGAUGGGUGCACCCUUCUCCAUCUUGCUUGUGAAACUGCGGAUGUUGGUAUGAUUGAGCUACUUUUACAAUAUGGGGCCGCCAUAAACGUCACCAGUUCCAGAGGCCACACACCACUUCAUCAUUGCAUCCUCAGAGGCAAGGCUGCAUGUGCAAAGCUGCUCCUUUCAAGAGGGGCGGACCCACAAGCUGUAAAUGGUGCGGGUAAAACAGCCAUGGAGGUUGCAGUUGAAUCGAAGUUUAGGGAUAGCGAGGUGUUGAGUCUGAUAUCAGAUUCGAAUGGGUAACGGGGUGGUUGAAGGGUAUAUAUAGAUGGAAAGAGUGUAAUUAGUCAAGUCAAGAAUCAAAGUUGGAAGGAGGGUCAGGGUCAGGGUCAGGGGAGGAGAUGCAUGCAUGCAUAUGUGUAAUUUUAUAAUGUAAGUAGCAUGUGGAUGUUAAAGUUAAGGGUGAGAGGUGGUGGUUGGUUUUGGAGACUUGUAUUUGUUUGUGUUUGAGAUUUGGGUGAGGGCUUGUAUGUACAUUGUUUUGGAUUCAAAAUCUAGUGAAAUUUUGACUUCUAAAUCAAUAGGAUUUUAGGCUA